GGGUCUGCUAGCCGUGGAGGAGAUUGGUGGGCCGCGAGGCGCGGGAGUCUUUUCCAGACUGGGGGCUGAGGAGUGAGCUCUCCCUUCUCUAUCUCUCAGCCCCUCUGAUCAAAGUUUCACUGAUCUGCACUAGCAGGGGACCCAUCCCUUGCUGGGUGUGCUGCAAGUUGAAUCUGGUGACACUGAGGAAAUGCUUGUCUCCUGCUAUUGAUGAAUAAUUUCAGAGUACUAUGGAUCAUGCUGAAGAAAAUGAAAUCCUUGCAGCAACCCAGAAGUACUAUGUGGAAAGGCCCAUCUUUAGUCAUCCGGUGCUCCAGGAAAGACUGCACAAGAAAGACAAGGUUUCUGAUUCCAUUGGGGAUAAGCUGAAACAGGCAUUCACAUGUACUCCUAAGAAAAUAAGAAGUAUCGUUUAUAUGUUCCUACCCAUAACGAAGUGGUUGCCAGCAUACAAGUUCAAGGAAUAUGUGUUGGGUGACUUGGUCUCUGGCAUAAGCACAGGUGUGCUUCAGCUUCCUCAAGGUUUAGCCUUUGCAAUGUUGGCAGCUGUACCUCCAGUGUUUGGCCUAUACUCUUCAUUUUAUCCUGUUAUCAUGUAUUGUUUUUUGGGAACCUCCAGACAUAUAUCCAUAGGUCCAUUUGCAGUUAUUAGUCUCAUGAUUGGUGCUGUGGCUGUGCGAUUAGUACCAGAUGAUAUAGUCAUUCCGGGAGGAGUAAACACAACUAAUGGUACAGAAGCAAGAGAUGCCUUGAGAGUGAAAGUCGCCAUGUCUGUAACCUUACUUUCAGGAAUCAUUCAGUUUUGCCUAGGUGUCUGUAGGUUUGGAUUUGUGGCCAUAUAUCUCACUGAGCCCCUGGUCCGUGGGUUUACCACCGCAGCAGCUGUGCAUGUCUUCACCUCCAUGUUAAGAUACCUGUUUGGAGUUAAAACAAAGCGGUACAGUGGGAUCUUUUCAGUGGUGUAUAGUACAGUUGCUGUGUUGCAGAAUGUUAAAAACCUCAACGUGUGUUCCCUAGGCGUCGGGCUGAUGGUUUUUGGUUUGCUAUUGGGUGGCAAGGAGUUUAACGAGAGAUUUAAAGAAAAAUUGCCGGCACCCAUUCCUUUAGAGUUCUUUGCGGUGGUGAUGGGAACUAGCAUUUCAGCUGGCUUUAACUUGAAAGAAUCAUACAGUGUGGAUGUCGUUGGCACACUUCCUCUGGGGCUGCUGCCUCCAGCCAAUCCAGACACCAGCCUCUUCCACCUUGUGUAUGUGGAUGCCAUUGCUAUAGCCAUCGUUGGGUUUUCCGUGACCAUCUCAAUGGCCAAGACCUUGGCAACUAAACAUGGCUACCAGGUUGAUGGCAAUCAGGAACUCAUUGCUCUAGGACUGUGCAAUUCUAUUGGCUCACUCUUCCAGACUUUUUCAAUUUCAUGUUCCUUGUCUCGAAGCCUUGUUCAGGAGGGAACUGGAGGGAAGACUCAGCUUGCAGGAUGUUUGGCCUCGUUAAUGAUUCUGCUGGUCAUAUUAGCCACCGGAUUCCUUUUUGAAUCAUUACCCCAGGCUGUGCUGUCGGCCAUUGUGAUCGUCAACCUGAAAGGAAUGUUCAUGCAAUUCUCUGAUCUCCCCUUUUUCUGGAGAACCAGCAAAAUAGAGCUAACCAUCUGGCUGACUACUUUUGUUUCCUCUUUGUUCCUGGGAUUGGACUAUGGUUUGAUUACAGCUGUGAUCAUUGCACUGUUGACUGUGAUUUACAGGACACAGAGUCCCAGCUACAAAGUCCUUGGACAGCUUCCUGAUACUGAUGUAUAUAUUGAUAUAGAUGCAUUUGAGGAGGUCAGAGAAAUUCCUGGAAUAAAAAUAUUCCAAAUAAAUGCUCCUAUUUAUUAUGCAAAUAGUGACUUGUAUAGCAAUGCACUGAAAAGAAAGACUGGCGUGAACCCAGCACUCAUAAUGGGAGCAAGAAGAAAGGCCAUGAGGAAGUAUGCUAAGGAAGUGGGAAAUGCAAAUAUGGCCAAUGCAACCAUUGUCAAAGCGGAUGCAGAAGUAGAUGGAGAAGGUGGCACCAAGCCUGAAGAAGACGAUGAAGUAAAAUACCCCCCAAUUGUUACCAAGAGCACAUUUCCUGAAGAAAUGCAACGAUUCCUGCCCCCAGGGGAAAAUGUGCACACUAUCAUUCUGGAUUUUACGCAAGUCAAUUUUAUUGAUUCUGUUGGUGUAAAAACUAUAGCAGGGAUGGUAAAAGAAUAUGGAGAUGUCGGCAUUUAUGUGUAUUUAGCAGGAUGCAGUGCACAAGUUGUGAAUGACCUCACUCGAAAUCGAUUUUUUGAAAAUCCUGCCUUAAUGGAGCUUCUGUUCUACAGCAUUCAUGAUGCAGUUUUAGGCAGCCAACUUCGAGAGGCACUUGCUGAACAAGAAGCCUUGGCUCCCCCUCCCCAGGAGGACUUGGAGCCCAAUGACACUGCUGAGGCUUAGAUGAGCAACUCAGCUUGGGAUGGGGUAUGAGCCUCUCGUGACUACUCAUUUACACAUUUUAAAUACUAGACCCUAGAUUUUUUUUUUCCCUCGGAGUAAAUACUACACUAUACCAGUAGUCAAGUAGCCAGUAUUAUAGUAGUCAAGGCUUGAUUUGGAGGGUGAAUGACACAUAGCCAGAUGUAUCUUACUUGUGGAUUUUUUUUAAUAUUUCAAAGAUAAAUUGAUCUCUUGCCUGAAAUUAUCAUAAGGUGAUAUUUCUGUUGCUUUUAAACAUUAUAUCUCUAAGUCAAAUACUUGAGAAUUUAUUGCCUUUAGGUAUUUUGCCUACCUACCUACCCUGUUUUUAUACUUACUGAUCUACACAGUUUCUAUAAUCAGAAUUAUCUAACAGAGGGGACAAACCCACAAUUUUCUAGAAGUGCUUCUUUUGAAAUAACCUCUUUAUUAUCAUGGAAGCACUUUAAGUAUAUUGCAGAAAACUAGAAAAAGUAGGCAAGCAAAAAUAAAUAAGAUCAUAUUGCCACCAUUCACAGAUUACUGUUAAAACUUUAAUGCAUAUCCUUUCAGAUGUUUUUCUAUGCAUUUGUAUUUACAUUUUUAACCAUGAUAAGAUCACAUCCUACAUAGUGUCUAGUGUCUCAUAACCUAUUUUUUUUUCCAGUUGACGAUCUCCAUUUCAGAACCUUUUUACCUUAAACCAUAUUAAAGUUUUCCAAGUUGUCCCCAAAUUUGUUAUAGAUUUAUCCAAUCUGGUAACCUUUUUAUGAUUGAGCGCUGAUCAUGUCACUUUAGGUCAUUUAAGUUUAUUUUAAUUUAGCACAGUCCCUCUUUUUAAUUACAUUGACUUGUUAAAGGGGCUGGGGCAGGGCCUCCCUGGUGGUACAAAGGGUUAACUCUCACCACUGAAGCUAUCCACAGCCACUGCAGCAUGAGUUCAACCCCUGGCCAGGAAGCUGACACACAUGGUGCAGCAGAUCUCUCCUGUCUUGCCUGCUGCUCCCCCCAGCAGUGUAUUUCAGUAGAUCUGCCUGUUCUGCUGCCCACUCUGUCUAUGGUGAAUCCUCUCAGCCCCCAUGCCCACACCUCUGGCCUAUACCCCAGUUCUUUAUUUAUUUAAAUAAAUUAUUUAAAUAAAUAAAACUCAUUCCUAGUUCUAUCUAAAGACUUUAUGGAUUUGAGUACUUUUUUUUUGCUAGAAUAUAUCAUAAAUGAGGCACGUUUCAAAUUGCAAUCACAUCAGAAAUCACAUGAUAUUUAGUUGACCUCCAUUAACCAUGCUAUGAUAGAUCACUGGCUUAACAUGAUUGCCUACCCACCCCCGCCCAUUACAUUUUCUCCUUUGUGAGUUACCUGUAUGAUGUCCCUUUGGCAUUAAAUGAAUGUUCAGUUCCCCAUUAGUCAUUCACCAAAGAGUUUAAACAUUGAAUCAGUAGUCCUUACAUAAAUCAGUAAUUUUAUUAAGGUUUGUGAUUUUUUUCUAAUUCUCUUAUUUCUUCUGCAUUUAUUGUUGACGUUUCAAUGUAAACUAUGGCUUUCCCUCCUCAACUUGAGCGAUUAGGUCAUCCUUAAAUAGUUUUUACUGGAAAAGCAGGUAGACUAUUUUAUUACUUAAUAAAAUUGAGCGAUUAGGUCAUCCUUAAAUAGUUUUUACUGGAAAAGCAGGUAGACUAUUUUAUUACUUAAUUAUCAACUUCAAAAUAAGCAGUUCAUCUAAUAGAUGGUGACAAAUUAUAUUCUUUUAUAUUUCCCUUUUUGGUUUACUUACAGGCUCAUGAAUUUUAUAGCUUUGGUGUAUUUCAGUCUAUCAUAGUUCUUUUGGUGCUCAAAUUGUUUCAACGUGGCCACUAGGAGGCCCUAGAAGUGUUGUUGUUGCUAAUAAUGAAGUAGUAUUAAAGACCAUGUUCUUAGGAAAGCUAACUCCUAGAUAUAUUGAUAAUACCUUCCUUAGAAAUCCGUGUUAUCUUCAUCAAACCCAAUUUUAAGCUUAUGAGUAAAAUGCAUAUUUUAAUCACUCUUGAUAGUUGAUAUAGAAACAUGAAAUGUUCAAAAGGAAGGGGGACCUUUAGACCAAUUAAUUGGUUAUAGAGGGUUCUUAGUCUGUAGCUCUAAUUCCCAAUUCUAAAUCAAAGUACAAGUAUUUACUAACCCAUCUAAAGCCUUUGCUGCUAAGAUUUCCUGCUAGUAGUUUGUUUCUGUUAUGUUUUCUUUGACUUCUUGUUUUAGUUUUCAUGAACAAAUUACUACCAGGAGAAAAAGUGGUCAGAUCUCAGCAACCAUGGGUCUACUUAAAACCAAACUCUAUAGUUUGUUUCCUUUAACUCCUGCCAGGAUUCUCUAUGACUUUACUAAUUUAAUUCAAUGAGACCCUUCCUUUCUAAGCAAUACUUUAUUUAGAUCUAGAAUGAAAUUAGGUAUGCAUUCCAGUUAUUUUCUUUGCAAUCAUCACACACAAGAUCAGAUACAUCUGCAUUCUGAUAGACUGCCUUCUGAAAGAGCAUGUAUUUGUAGAACCUCAGCUUAUAUUAGACUUUUAUAAAAAGGGCCCAUACAUCUCAGCCAUUAAUGUAGAAUUUAAGGAUUGUAAACAAUGUUAUACUUCAUUGCAACAAGUCUUCAACAAGUGCUUUACCCAGAAGAUACACAAGUCUUAAUUGUUGAUAGGUUGAAAGUAAUAUAUUAAAAAAAAAUUGUCUAAAUCUUAGUAAUCUGUAUUUAACU